UAUAUGUGUUUAUUGGUGCAGAAGAAGACAAGCGGAAGUGAAUAAUGUUAGUCGAAGCCCAGCCGUCCGAGCACACAAACAUCUCCUUUCGAGCGUCAACAACUUUGUACAAAUAUCUCCUUUGGAGCGUCAACAACUUGGUGGAAUCAUGUUCGAGAACUUGAGAGAAAGACUUCACUUGGUGCAACAGGACUUUACGACGGGCCUGAAAACACUUGGAGACAAAACAAAGGAGUCCAAAAGCAGGAGGAAGUCCAGGUUUGAAGAGACUUUUCCUCUUUUCACUGCUGGACAACAAAUCCUUGGCAGGUAUGAGGAGAGCUGGUUUGUACUACACAAGACAACUAAAGACUGUGGUCACACUGCACAGGUGGUGGAUGGAGAGGUGGUGAUGCUUUCAGUGCACUGGGAAAAGAGACGCAGUGCACUGACACAACUACAGGAACAACUGCACAGCCUGCCUGACUUUAUAUGCCAGCUUGACGCCAUCACCACCUCCAUAGCGCACUUGGAGGGUGACUUUGAGGAGAUGGAGAGCAGACUGGUGCACUUGGAGACCUUGUGUGGUCUCUGUGAGCAGCACACGUCCAAACUGUAUCAUGUUGACCAGCUGGACCUCUUCAAGAAGAAGAAGAGGAGGGAGUUGGAGGCACUGGAAGCCGAGCUCCAGACUGAGCACGUGCAGAAGGUGGCGGCGUUGGAGCAGACGAGGCAGCAGAGACUGAAGCAGCGGCAGAAGAUCUACGAGGAGGCUUUCCACCAAGACCUGGAACAGUAUCGAGCCACCGGAUGCAUCCAGUCCAGAGAAGCCACGGACACAAGUGGGUGUGGCCUGGAUCACAUGACCCUCACCAACCUAUCAGACCAGGAGGCUCUGGACCACUUCCUGGACUCAGCCGACGAGUCGUUGCCCGUAUUAGGUGCACCUGCACACCUGCACAAAGACAGCGAAGCAGAGGACGAAGCAGCGAGUGAAGAAGACGAAGGUGUGGAGGUGCAGUCGGAUGAAGACGACGUUCAACCUUUGGUUGGACUGCAAGAUGUUGUUGAAGUUGGACGAAGUUCUGAUGAUGAAAGUGACACAGCUUCAGCUUAGCAUGCAUCCUGCAACUAGCAAUCAAAGGUUAACAUAAUUAUUUCAACUCGGUUCAUCACAAUAAUUAUUGCAAUAAACAACUUUCACGGUAAA